UACUAACAUCCUAUCACGGGAAGUGGGAGAGGUGCAGGAAAUAGUUUCCUGAUCAUGUUUGGCUCAAAGAGGGACAGUGUGUUUCAAUGCACUCUGGUUAACAAAAAAGAAAGUGUAUUUAUUUUCAUUGAGAAGAAGAAACCGAAAACUUUGGCAUUUAAAUAAAUAAGGAAGAAUUUAUUUUUCCUUUUCAGGUCACGAGGCUAGUUAAUGAUUAGUGAAAUCCACGUGGGUGUUUUCUGAGAGGCUGGGUUAUAUGAUCUCUUUGGCUUUAGGGAAUUACUCCAUACCAGCUCUGAGAUUUCCAGCUCAGCAAUGCCCCCAGGUCCCUGGGAGAGCUGCUUCUGGGUGGGGGGCCUCAUUUUGUGGCUCAGCGUUGGAAGUUCAGGUAAGCCAGGGAUCAGGCCUUGGGAGGAACUUAUUUCAGUCAAUGAUCGUAUUUCUCCAACUACUUAUGCAGUACUAACUUUUGGAAGAUCCCCUAAAAGCCUUUUGCCUCUUCUGAGGUGAAUUUAAAACAGUAGGGGAAAAAAACCCCUUUUAUCAUAAUCAGAAUGAUGGUAAACAGGUCACAAAACCUGAACUUUCCCUGGUUAUCCGACUCAUUUUUCUAAAGCCCACAUAAAAAAACCCUUUCUCACCUUGCACAAGCCAGGACCAACUGUAAGAAAAUAAAAUUUGGUUAAUUCUAAGAUAUUCAUUUUUCACCCCAUAAAUAUCCACCAUUCCAAGAUAUAUUUAAUUUUAAAAUUUAGGUUUUCCAAACUAAUAACGAUUUUGUCACUGAGAUUGUUAGAUGUCCUUUCUAAUCCAGCAACCUAACUCAAGUAGUUCGUCAUCCUGACUGGGUGAUGGGAACUAGUCCCUGCUAACCUCAGAUGCCCCUGGGAAAACGUCCCUCAGAUGCCAAUUUGCAUUUAUCUUUCCCCCAGUAAAGAACUGACCCACUGAUCCCUCUUGCCUAACAGAAAAUUAACCUGCUCUACUUUGGGUUCUCAGAAGUUCUCAGAAGACUCCUUCUCACUAUGGGGAUGCACCUCCUACCCCACAGCCAAAGUGCGCUGACUUCCAGAGCGCCAACCUUUUUGAAGGCACCGAUCUCAAAGUCCAGUUUCUCCUCUUUGUCCCUUCGAAUCCUAGCUGUGGGCAGCUAGUAGAAGGAAGCAGUGACCUCCAAAACUCUGGGUUCAAUGCCACUCUGGGAACCAAACUAAUUAUCCAUGGAUUCAGGGUUUUAGGAACAAAGCCUUCCUGGAUUGACACAUUCAUUAGAACCCUUCUGCGUGCAACGAAUGCUAAUGUGAUUGCCGUGGACUGGAUUUAUGGAUCUACAGGAGUCUACUUCUCAGCUGUGAAAAAUGUGAUUAAGUUGAGCCUCGAGAUCUCCCUUUUCCUCAAUAAACUCCUGGUGCUGGGUGUGUCGGAAUCCUCAAUCCACAUCAUUGGUGUUAGCCUGGGGGCCCAUGUUGGGGGCAUGGUGGGACAGCUCUUCGGAGGCCAGCUGGGACAGAUCACAGGCCUGGACCCCGCUGGACCUGAGUACACCAGGGCCAGUGUGGAAGAGCGCUUGGAUGCCGGAGAUGCCCUCUUCGUGGAAGCCAUCCACACAGACACUGACAAUUUGGGUAUUCGGAUUCCCGUUGGACAUGUGGACUACUUCGUCAACGGAGGCCAAGACCAACCUGGCUGCCCCACCUUCUUUUACGCAGGUUAUAGUUAUCUGAUCUGUGAUCACAUGAGGGCUGUGCACCUCUACAUCAGCGCCCUGGAGAAUUCCUGUCCACUGAUGGCCUUUCCCUGUGCCAGCUACAAGGCCUUCCUUGCUGGACGCUGUCUGGAUUGCUUUAACCCUUUUCUGCUUUCCUGCCCAAGGAUAGGACUGGUGGAACAAGGUGGUGUCAAGAUAGAGCCGCUCCCCAAGGAAGUGAAAGUCUACCUCCUGACUACUUCCAGUGCUCCGUACUGCAUGCAUCACAGCCUCGUGGAGUUUCACUUGAAGGAACUGAGAAACAAGGACACCAACAUCGAGGUUACCUUCCUUAGCAGUAACAUCACCUCUUCAUCUAAGAUCACCAUACCUAAGCAGCAACGCCAUGGGAAAGGAAUCAUAGCCCAUGCCACCCCACAGUGCCAGAUAAACCAAGUGAAAUUCAAGUUUCAGUCUUCCAACCGAGUUUGGAAAAAAGACCGGACUACCAUUAUUGGGAAGUUCUGCACUGCCCUUUUGCCUGUCAAUGACAGAGAAAAGAUGGUCUGCUUACCUGAACCAGUGAACUUACAAGCAAGUGUGACUGUUUCCUGUGACCUGAAGAUAGCCUGUGUGUAGUUUAACCUGGGCAGGACACAUCUCCCUGCAUUUUUUUUUUUUUUUUUUGAGAGAGGUGUGAUGAGGGAUGUGUGUGUGCAGCUUAUUGUAGACCAUUACUACUAAGGAGAAAAGCAAAGCUCUUUCUUAUUUUCCUCAUAAUCAGCUACCCUGGAGGGGAGGGAGAACUCAUUUUACAGAACUUGGUUUCCUUUGCCGAUCUUAUGUACAUACCCGUUUUAGCUUUCCCAUGCAUACUUAACUGCACUUGCUUUAUCUCCUUGGGCAUUCGUACUUAGGAUUCAAUAGAAACAUGUACAGGGUAAACAAUUUUUUAAAAAUAAAACUUCAUGGAGUAUCUGAA